GUGGCGUCCCCGGCCGGUUUGAGGGGUGCGUUGCCCGGAGACGGAAAGUUUAGGAGCUGGAGCAGGCUCUGCAAGGCUCCGGGUUGGGGUCCGAGGGGUGGCGGUCCUGGGGAUGGGGAAGGAGCAGGAGCUGCUGGAGGCGGCCCGCACCGGGCACCUCCCGGCCGUGGAGAAGCUGCUGUCCGGGAAGCGGCUCUCCUCCGGCUUCGGCGGCGGCGGCGGCGGUGGUGGAGGCGGCUCCGGCAGCGGCGGCGGCUCCGGGGGCGGCGGCCUCGGUUCUUCCAGCCACCCGCUCUCCAGUCUGCUGAGCAUGUGGAGAGGGCCAAACGUGAACUGCGUAGACAGCACCGGCUACACACCACUGCACCACGCCGCUCUGAAUGGCCACAGGGAUGUGGUCGAGGUCCUUCUGAGGAAUGACGCGCUGACCAAUGUCGCUGACUCGAAAGGCUGCUACCCGCUGCACCUGGCAGCGUGGAAAGGGGACGCCCAGAUAGUACGCCUGCUCAUCCACCAAGGGCCCUCGCACACCAAAGUCAACGAACAGAAUGCUCUUGAGAUCAAAGAACUCAAAAAGUACGGCCCCUUUGACCCUUAUAUCAAUGCCAAGAACAAUGACAACGAGACGGCCCUGCACUGCGCGGCUCAGUACGGCCACACGGAGGUGGUGAAGGCCCUGCUGGAGGAGCUCACGGACCCCACCAUGCGCAACAACAAGUUUGAAACGCCCCUGGACCUGGCGGCGCUGUACGGGCGGCUGGAGGUGGUGAAGCUGCUGCUGGGCGCGCACCCCAAUCUCCUGAGCUGCAGCACGCGGAAGCACACGCCCCUGCACUUGGCGGCCAGGAACGGCCACAAGGCCGUGGUGCAGGUCCUGCUGGACGCUGGCAUGGACAGCAACUACCAGACGGAGAUGGGCAGUGCUUUGCAUGAGGCCGCUUUGUUUGGCAAGACCGAUGUGGUGCAAAUCCUGCUGGCUGCAGGAAUUGACGUUAACAUCAAGGAUAGCCGUGGCCUCACCGCCCUCGACACGGUCCGGGACCUGCCUUCUCAGAAGAGCCAGCAGAUAGCCGCGCUGAUCGCAGAUCACAUGACCGGAAAAAGAAGCGUGAAAGAAGUGGACAAGACCUCCACAACCCAGCUACCUCUUCUCUCCAGCGUGGACGCCAUAGCACCAAAGUCUCAGGGGAAUGUGGAGAAGGCAGUGACUGAGCUGAUCCUUGAUUUUGACACACAUGCUGAGGAGGAAGGUCCCUACGAGGCACUGUACAACGCCGUGUCCUGCCAUUCCUUGGACAGCACGGCCAGUGGGCGAUCGUCUGACAGAGACUCCAUCAACAAGGAGGCCGAGACUACUGGAGCAAGGGCUGCUGGAGUGAGGCCUAGGGAACGCCCACCGCCUCCAGCAAAGCCGCCACCUGACGAGGAGGAGGAAGAGCGCGCAGAGAAGAAGUAUUUUCCCUUGGCGGCCUCUGAGGGCCUCGCUGUGAGAGCCAGGGUGCAGGGCGGCGGCCCCCAGGAAGACGAGGAGCACCCGUAUGAGCUGCUGCUCACAGCGGAGACCAAGAAGCUGGGGACCACUGACGGGAGGACUGAAGACCACAGGCAGAACAGCGGCAGCCGGAGCCAGGACUCUGUGGAGGGGCAGGACGGGCAGGUCCCGGGGCAGUUCUCCGGGCUUCUCCACGGCUCCUCCCCAGUGUGUGAGGUGGGGCAGGACCCUUUCCAGCUGCUCACUGCCCCCAGCCAGAGCCACCCCGAGUGCUCCCGGCAGGACGCCUGCCCAGAGACCAGCAUGCAGCUAGAGCCGGGCGUGCAAGGUGCUGGAGCCCCGCAGCCUGGCAUCCUGGACCAAAGCAAGAGAGCGGGCUUGCCAGCAGGCCUGACAUCCCUGACCGCCCCGGGCGGCAGAGCAUACCUCGACGCAUUGACUCACACAGCACCUCUGCACCCUGCUGGUACUGAGGAAGAAGACCAGAGCGGGCCCAGAAGCAGAGCCCCUCCCACCAGCAAGCCCAAAGCUGAGCUCAAACUCAGCCGCAGUUUGUCUAAGUCUGACUCUGACCUCCUGACCUGCUCCCCGACCGAGGACGCCACCAUGGGGAGUCGAAGCGAGUCCUUGUCCAACUGCAGCAUCGGGAAGAAGAGGCUGGAGAAGUCACCUUCCUUUGCCUCAGAGUGGGAUGAGAUUGAGAAAAUCAUGAGCUCCAUUGGGGAAGGGAUCGACUUCUCUCAAGAGCAGCAGAAGAUCUCAGGUUCUCGGGCGCUGGAGCAGAGCGUCGGGGAGUGGCUGGAGUCGAUCGGCCUGCAGCAGUAUGAGAGCAAGCUGCUGCUAAACGGCUUCGACGAUGUCCGCUUCCUGGGGUCUAAUGUGAUGGAAGAGCAGGACCUGAGGGAGAUUGGCAUCAGCGACCCCCAGCACCGACGGAAGCUGCUGCAGGCUGCACGCUCCUUGCCCAAGGUGAAGGCCCUUGGCUAUGACGGGGUCAGCCCCCCCUCAGUGCCCUCCUGGCUGGACGCGCUGGGGCUGCAGGACUAUGUCCACUCUUUCCUGUCCAGUGGCUACAGCUCCAUGGACACUGUGAAGAACCUCUGGGAGCUGGAGCUUGUCAAUGUCCUGAAGGUUCACCUGCUGGGCCACCGCAAGCGCAUCAUCGCCUCUCUUGCAGACAGGCCCUAUGAGGAGCCACCCCAGAAGCCACCAAGGUUUUCCCAGCUAAGAUGCCAGGAUUUAAUCUCCCAGACAUCGUCCCCGCUGAGCCAGAAUGACUCCUGCACAGGGCGCUCGGCAGAGCUGCUGCUGCCCUCGGCAGACACCAGCAGGAGGCGGCACGACAGCCUGCACGACCCCGGGGCCGCCUCUCGAGCAGAACGCUUCCGAGUCCAGGAGGAGCCCAGCGAGACCAAGCUGACCCUCCGCCCGCCCAGCCUGGCUGCCCCCUACGCCCCUGUGCAGAGCUGGCAGCACCAGCCCGAGAAGCUCAUCUUCGAGUCCUGUGGUUACGAGGCCAAUUAUCUGGGCUCCAUGCUGAUCAAAGAUCUGCGAGGGACAGAGUCCACCCAAGAUGCCUGUGCCAAAAUGCGGAAGUCGACGGAGCACAUGAAGAAGAUUCCUACCAUCAUCCUGUCCAUCACCUACAAAGGUGUGAAGUUCAUCGAUGCCUCCAACAAGAAUGUCAUCGCUGAGCACGAGAUCCGGAACAUUUCCUGCGCCGCGCAGGACCCCGAGGACCUGUGCACCUUCGCCUACAUCACCAAGGACCUGCAGACCAGCCACCACUACUGCCACGUCUUCAGCACGGUGGAUGUGAACCUGACCUACGAGAUCAUCUUGACCCUGGGACAGGCGUUUGAGGUGGCCUAUCAACUGGCCCUCCAGGCCCAGAAAUCCAGGACCAUGGCGGCCUCUGCAGCUUCCGUGAUUGAGACAAAAUCUUCCAAACCGGUGCCUAAGCCUCGGGUCGGCGUGAGGAAGUCCGCAGUGCCGGUGCCCCCCGAUUCUCGCUGUUGUCACUGUCACACCUGCACCACCCACCGUCCUUCCUACCUACCGCUGCCGUCUCUUAGUCCUGGAGUCAAGCUGGAACCGCCUGAUUCUGACCAAGAGGCCCCGUCCCACGCUAGCGUUUCCUGGAUCGUGGACCCAAAGCCAGACUCAAAGCGGAGCCUCAGCACCAAGUAUGAGACCACUAUCUUCUAAGCCGCUCUGUCUCCGCUACCCCACUGUGCCUUUGCCGCCCGAUCUGCUCUCAACUCUCCUUCCAGCUGCGCCACCGAGGCCCCGCCUCCCUGGGACCCGCCUCUGGCAGCAGCAGCUGCUUACACCACCCAACACUGUGAACCCUCCCUUGGGCCGAGGACAGCUGGGGGGUGACUUGCCUUUGAGGGGGGGCCUCACAGGCAGGCACCAGAGUGGGGCUGAGGCCCCCAAAGCCUCUGCGACAGGCACUGUGAGGUGAGGGCAGUCUUCCAGCAGAACCACAGUAGCUCCCUCUGAGGUUGCCCUCCUCGCCUGGGUCACAGCUGGAUGCCAAGAGCUCCCAGUUGUCACCUUUCCUGACCCAACCACCACUGUGACCGCCCCGUGCCAGGAUGCCCUACACAGAGCUGCUCUCAGGUGCUGCUGGUUUCUCUCCUGGUCAGGCCUGGUGAUAACAUGGCUUCACCAGGGACAGACGUUCUGUAAGGGGGAGGGGUUGGUACGAGCCACGCCCUGUGUGUGAGUCAGCUCUGAUAGCAUAAACUGUGAGCCUCCAAACUACAGGUUCCCAAGGGAUCUGUGUGUGCUUGGCCCCCGUUCCGUGCUGUGGGCCUGGUUCCGGGAUCCAGCUCACUGAGAUGUGCCCUGCGCACAAGUGCGCCUUCUUCCUUCUCGGAGUGGAGCUGAGCAGCUUCUGUGGUGUUGGGGAGCGUUCUCUUCCUUCCUCUGGUGGUGGGGUCCUGAGACAGCCAUUGUCCAGCCAUCCCCGGCACCGGCCUGGGAGCUAGCACCAUGGGGCCGAAUCUCCGAGGAAGCCUCCCAGGCCCUGAUGCGGGAAGAUCAGUCUAGAUGUCAGGAGACAGAAGUGAUUCCUGUGGCCGUGGUGCAGACAGCGUAGUGCAGGGAAGAGCCAGAGUCAGUCAGCACCAGAGCCGUGCGCCAGGGCUGGCCUUCGGCUGCCUGCCUUUCCUUGUGCCUUUCUGAGCAGAGGGGCCAGGAGCAGCAGUGGGCUGUAGGCUGUGGAGGGCCCCGGGAGGCAGGGACCUCUUGUCGCUCUGUGUCCCUUCCCAUGUCCUCCGCCUGACACAGGCUCCUUGGUUAACUCUCUCCUCCCCCACUGUCUGCUUCUGCCAAGCUGAGCCACUGAGGAGCCACACUGGGUGCCGCCGUGGGGAGCCACACUGGGUGCCGCCGUGGGGAGCACAGGCUCCUGCCCCAGCACCGAGAGCCUCCCCUGCAGCUCCGAAGACCCGGGCCCAGCCCUGCCGCAGGACCUCCUGUCACCUGCUCGGCCUGGGCCUGCCGCCACCUGCAGAGCCCUGCCCUGGAGGCAGCGAAGACGCCAGGCUUCUAGCCGAGGAGACCAGAACUCUGGACGGCCCGAGGAGUGGCCUGUCCGGGACAUGUGUUUUUAUAAUAGGAAAAGUAAUCCUUUUUUAUACAUUUUUAACACUUGGCUCCAGCCUCUUGGUGAAGCUGCCAAUCUUUAAACAAGACAGGAUCUGAGUCGGGGCCUGAAUCCCUCAGACAGCCUCUGCCUUCAGGAUGGCCUCUCGGCCUGGCUAGGGUACCGUGAGGACACACCCGUGGGCAACUUAGGGCAGAGUCGAGGCUUCAUCGUGUCCGGAGGUGGUGACACAGACGUUCCGUUCCUGGGGUUCCCAGUGGGGAUGAGCAGGUAGCUUCUGGUGCGGGGGUCUCCUUGGUACUUACCUGUCCGUGUCAGCACUGAGGGGAGGGGAGGCAGCGGCCCUCGUGCCGCUGCGGGGCUGGUGGAGCUGGUGGAGCCAUGGCGGAAGGGAAGAAGCAGCUGUGUGGGGCAUUAAUGGGAAUGCCAGUUAAGACUGCAGCUUGCCGGCUUGAGCUGGCCUCGCUCUGAUUCUUCUUGACUGUUGUGUCCUGUGUGGCAGGCUGGGCACAUCUGUUCCAGAUGUGGGAAAGGCUAGUCAGGAAGCAGUCUCAUCGCCCCGCUAUGGUCGUGAGGCCAAGCUGGUGCCACCUCAGCUCUUCUGCUGGCCUGCUUUGCUUUGGGGUGACUGGGGUGGCGACCAUCCUGGGUGCAUGGGGCAGUGAGAGGUCCCGGCCACUCACCGGCUCUUCCGGAUUAGGGAGCAAGAAAGAAGCCCUGGCCCACGGGGGACAUGAGCAGGCUUCGGGCUUCCAGGAGGCACUCGUCCCCAUCCUGGGGACAGGACGCCAGGCUUGAACAGUGGCCGGCCGUGGGCUGCAACCCUGGGCCCCCGCCCCGCGUGGCUGGUCAGAGGGAAAAGCAGGGUUUCCCUCUGCUCCAUCUGUGGACUGUCUGCCUGCUGUGCUUCGGCCGGCCGGGCCGGGCACGGCUGCUCCCUGGGAGGGAGCCGGGGGUCCUCUGCUGCUAGGUACAGGUGGUACUUCCUCUCCUGCCGCAUGCUCUCUGCCCUGGAAAGCUGCCCUCAGCUCCCACCCUUCGAGAAUCCACAGAGACCCUAGGUUCCUGGCUCAGUUGUGCCGAACCCCCUUCCCUCUGCCAGAGGUGAGCUCAGCAGUGGGCGCAAAGCCCAGGGGAACACUGUAGACACUACGACAAGUUCGAGCUGCGUUCUGUCCUAAAGUCACAGGCAGGCACUUCCUCCUCUUGACGCUGCUAUGUCUUAUUUAUUCAGGGUGUUUCCUACCAGAAAGUCUUGGCUUGUCUGCUCUGCGUCUCUUUCGAGAUUUGUUUCUAAAUAUUCAAGAAAUCCCUGUUCUCCUCCUGGUGGGUCUCUCCUUCUCAGGGCGGGUGCCAAAUGGAAGGGUCUGCCAUUGUCACUUGUGUGAAUCAUGCCCUGUGACGCCAAGGCUGUGCCUGAACUGUGAAGGAGCCAUUCUGACCGGAGUGGUGUGAUGUGCCCAGUCCCUCCCAGCGGCGGCCACGGGUUCCCUGGCUCGCCUCUUGGCUUGGCUGCUGCCCUGCGCGGGAAGCUGGCUCCUGCGGGCCGUGUGCCAGCAGGGUACUUUGGACUCUGCCUCUGAGGUUGACCACUAGGAGGUUCUGGGAAGCCUUGGGUUUGUGCAUUCAGAACACAGUUUAGCUUGUGAGGUGCCGGGACCCGCACUGUAGGUCACGGGAGUUUUUGCUUGAGGCGGACCGUGGGACUGGAUUGUAAGAAAAAUGUUAUUUAAUCUUUGUUUCCAUAUUUUGAUACUUGAAUUCCCCUUUCGUUUUACUGUACAUAAAAUUGUUAAUCUGUCCGAUUUUGUUUGAAUUAUAAACACCUUGUGGUACCAAACGUAA